CCCACACCAUUGGAGAUUGCUGGUUGGGACUAGGAAUUGGGGGUCCAACAUAAUCUGGGAGAGUCACGGGUUCCUCCUCCUCCUGGCUUCAGUCUAUACUGGAAUUCUAUUGUUUUUAAUGUAGUAUUUUAAAAUUGUUGUAAUCCGCCUUGAGGCGAAGGGUAAUAAAUUAUAAGUGUGGUGGUAGUGAUCUAGUGAAAUUAGAAACGAAGCCAUUCAAUACAAGUAAACUUUUCGUCUGCAAUUUUAUGCGUAUUUAUCUAGGAGCAAACUUCCACGCGAGACUUACUUCCGAGUAAACCUUCACAGACCCGACGCGCAGGGCUGCAGCUCCCCGCACGCUUCCAUGGGAGACAAACAUCCCACUGAAGAAUGUGGGGCUUACUUCCGAGUAGCCAUGCAUCGGAUAGGCGGGAAGUUAAGUCCCACGAAACAAAAAAAAAGGGGGGGAAUAACCAAGUGUGCCUAGGAACGGCGUGUAAAACCCCUCCGGCGAUUCGCUCCAUGUGGUUUAAGGACGGAAGCAAAGCUUUUCCUUCCAGCCGAGGCCUCCCUACCCCCCCCCGGUUGUGCUUAAAAUGGAAGCCAUUUCAGGACGGUGGCGGCAGAAUAAAGGGGGAUGAGACGCCUUUCGUAUGUAGAUUACUGUAAAACUGUAAUCCUCCAGGAAAUGCUGACAAUUCUCCUCAGAUCUGUCCAGGACUGCUUUUCUCUUGGUGCGCGUGGCAACCCACUCUCCCACCCCACCCCUGGAGUUAAGGAACUCGAGAGGCGGUGCUGGAAGGACGGCAGGGCGGGGAUGAAGAAGUCCGCUCGAAUCCCCUUCUCUCCCUCUCGCCUCAGUGCCUGGGAUUGAAUGGAGAGGCCAAGUUAAGGUUGGGUUCAGUCUCUCUCCACUCCUGCCUUUCGCGCCCACGUUGUUAAAAAGUAUCCACGUUCCAGCAGCAGCAUCGGCUCGCUCGGGUUGUUUGUGGAGAAAGCAAGCAAGCAAACCCGCCAAGACCAGCAUGUCUUCAGCCAAACAGAGGAGCAACAAGGGUGGCAGCGGCGGCAACAGCAGCUGCCCGUCCGAAAAGGGAGCCCAUUCCAGUCUCCCAGAUGACGUGGCAAAGAAGCAGCAGCAAAAUCAGGCUCACUCCAAGGGGAGCAAAGGAGGCUCCUCGGCUACGGGAGGAGGCAAAUCUGCCGCCGCCGCCGCCGCCGCCUCCUCUUCCUCCGGCAGCCUGGGCAAAAUCUUUAACUUUCUCUUGUCCCUCGCUUUCUUAGCAGCGGCAGCGCUCUCGGGCUUCUAUAUACAUCGCCUCUCGGGAGAGAUGAACCAGAUCAGCCUCAGGCUGGAAGGCUUCGGUAAGCAGCGAGAGGAGUUGGCCCGCAGCUUGGAAGGGGCUGUGCAAAAGGUGCAGUCUCUUCAGUCUGCAUUUGGAGGUUUUGAAUUGACCCUGAAAAAUGCUCAGCAGAAACAAGAAGCCACUGACAAGGUUGUCAGGCAAGGGGAGAGUGAGAUCAAUCGCAUUAGUGAGGUCCUUCAGAAACUCCAAAACGAAAUCCUAAAAGACCUGUCUGAUGGUAUCCACGUUGUAAAAGAUGCCAGAGAACGAGAUUUCACAUCGCUGGAGAACACUGUGGAAGAAAGGCUGACAGAAUUAACCAAGUCUAUAAAUGACAAUAUUGCUGAAUUCACAGAUGUUCAGAAACGGAGCCAAGAUGAAAUAAAUGAAGUGAAAAUGAAGGUGGCUUCACUUAGUGAAACAGAGGCUUUCAAGCAUGAACUUCAGGUUUUGAAAGGUGUUGUCAAUGAGAUGCAAACGUCCAUGAAAGUAAAAGAGAAGACCAUAGAGUCACUGCAAAGUACAAUAGAUUUGAUGGAGUCAGAUGUGUUGUCUGAAGUCAAAGAACUCGUCAAUCUCAAGCAGGAGCAUGAAAAGUUCAAAGAAGCGGCUGAUACAGAGCACCUUUCAUUACAAGCUUUGCAAGAGAAAGUUCUUAGAGCAGAAGAGGCAAUUGAACAUCUCCCUGGUGAGCUUAAGAGAGUCAGCGAAGAUCUGAUGCACAUCAAGUCUUCUUCUAAUGUGCAAGAAGGUGAUGCACUUUCCAGUGACAUCACAGAAACUCUGCAAAAGAACAAUGAAGGAUUUGAAUCCAAGUUCAGGUCCAUAGAGGAGACCCUUCAGGCUUUGAAGUCAUCAUCUACUGAAGGAAUGGAAUCUCUUCUCUCCAGGUAUGACAGCAAACUAGCUACUUUAGAGGAAAGUCUAGGCUCUCUCGGUGGUACACUAGAGAAUGAUGUGCGCUCACUGACGGAUACUGUAAGGAGCCUUAGUGAAGCUCAGCUCUCAAUGUACAGUGAUGUCGAUGAAUUAAGGAGGAGUGUGAGUGACUUACAAGACAAUGCCCAUGCACUUGAUAACAUCCAGAAACAAGUUCGCACUUUGCUGGAUCACGAGAAGCCUCAAAUGGAUGCUGGGCAUUCCACAGAUCAUCUAGAAGAACUGUCUUCUGUAAAACGUUCUGUUGAUGAGCUGCGAUCUUCUCUUGGCCAGAUUGAAUCUGACUUAAAAAUGCUCCGGACUGCAGUUGAUAGUUUAGUUGCUUACUCUGUGAAAAUAGAAACCAAUGAGAAUGAUGUGCAGUCAGUGAAGAGCUCAUUAGAUGACCUAAGGAAUGAGCUAGACAGGUUGUUCAUGAAAGUGGAAAAGAUACAUGAAAAGUUUUAAGUAUCCAGUGUAAAGCAUGUAUAACUAUUGAACUGCAAAAAACAAACAAAAUAGCUUUUAUAGGCCAAAGAGUUUUGUUGCUGUUGUUGGGAGAAGUGGAAUAUUGGUGGGUUUGAAACUAAAAUCUGUUGAUGCAUCUCUAAAAAUCAUAACACAUUCCAGUUAGACCCCAUAAUUAUUUUUUGUUCAAAUUUCUAGGACAAAUUGUUUAGUUUCUGCUGUUUAAUCCAUAGUGCAGGAGAAGGAAGGCAAGUUAUGAAAAUUGUUGCCUUGUACCUUUGACAAACAUGGGGGUUCUGUUAUGCACAGGGCUGCCCCAUAUAUUUGAUCGAAGGAAGCAGACUUGCAUGUGCCUGGCUUGGCACAUGUAGAUCUACUUCUUCCAUUGAAAUAAAGCAGCCAGUGCAUGCAAGAGCCCUGUGUGCAUAGCUAAGUGUGCACAGGGCUCUGUUCAUUGUUAACAAGAAAGUGCUUACAUGGAGAAGAACGGUGCAAUCAAAUUCGGGGUUUGGGUUCCCAAAAUUCUGUGAUGAGGCUACUUUGCAGCUCUUAGAAAAAGUAUUGCUAUUCCAUAGCAAAAACCAAAGAGCACACAUUGUUUACUAGUGCUUUUCAGUUCGUAGUACAUAAGAAUUGGUAAUAAUGGAUAGAACUUUGCCAUCAGCUAUUCUUAGGGCCAUUUCUAUUUUUUAGGCUGGAUUGAUUUUCAUCUGUGAUGUCCUGAUUCAUUCUGUAGAUAGCUGUAGGAACCAAGUCAGGGCGAUGAAACCAGCUAAAUACAAACAUGCCAUUCUGAUAUGCAGGCCAAAAAGGGCCAGUGAACGCAGAAUUGUUUCCAAAUGAAAUUCUUUUUAACAUAUCCUGUGCAGUGGCAAGGUAUAAUUAGCAUUACUAUGAUUUCCACAUGAAGUGCCUGAUCUUAUUCUUGACUUUGAUGAAACAGAACUGGACCUUAGACUGGUUUUUAAAAAAACUUUGAGUGUGGGCAAUUGUUGAAAGAAUGAGAAGUAUUAAAAAUUAUUGUUCAUUUUUAAGAACCACUGAACUCUACAACUGACUGGGUCCUUGUUUUACUUCCUUUAGAAAAUGCCUGCAUUUGGUUUUUCACUUUUUUAAAAAAAUUAAAUGUUUAGGAGGGUACCUAAUCAUAGGAGGCUUUUUUACUUUAUUUUUUAAAAAAUUAUCUAUACCUAUAGACUUCUUCACAUACAAAGUCUUUAACAUUUAUUUUUGGAAAUAGCACAGCAGCUGAGAUAAUGGAGGUGGAUGAGAUGUUUGGCCACCUCUGAUGUUAACGUGUGUUUUCUGAACUGCUAGCAAGGUACCUUAAAGCCUUAAAAAUCAAGAAGGAUGCACUGUAUUGAGAUCAGCUGUUACAUUCCUAAGCUACUCUUCACUGACCUUCCUUGUAUGAGUCUUGAACAACUGUAUAGUUGACUGUGAAAUUAACUUUUCCUGGUGUCUGUAAUGCCUAAUAAACCAUUAGAGCGUCAGUUAA